UUUUACGAAAUUUCAUUUAAUAUCAUGUAUAUAAUUCAAAAUACAUUACUGAGAAAUUCGAUAUCCGUAAGAUCGGUUCUGCAGUCCAGCUUUUUUCGUAGUUUAUGCAGCAAUGUUCCAGAAUCGAGCGAUAAUGUGCGAGUACGUUUCGCACCCAGCCCAACCGGUUUUAUGCAUUUGGGAGGGCUGCGGACCGCUCUGUUCAACUAUCUUUUUGCAAAAUCACAUAGAGGAAAAUUUAUCCUUCGGAUAGAAGACACAGAUCAAGAACGAUUAGUCGACGGAGCAACCGAAAAAAUUUACCAAGAUUUGAAAUGGGCAGGUUUAAUACCGGAUGAAAGUCCAUGGAACGAAGGGUCAUACGGACCUUAUGUACAAAGUUUAAGAUAUGACAUAUACAAACAAGAGGUCAAAAAACUAAUGGAAGAUGGUCGAGCUUACUACUGUUUUUGUUCGGAACGGAGAUUAGAUUUGCUAAGAAAGGAUGCCAUCCGACUGCGACAAGUACCAAAAUAUGACAAUAAAUGCAGACAUCUGACGCCGGGUCAAAUAGCCGAGCGACUAGCUAAAAACGAUAAAUUUUGCAUACGAUUCAAGCUGGAUUCAAAAGCGGACGAAUUCCAGGAUUUGAUAUAUGGCAAGAUAGUCUACUUUUUAGCGCAAAACGAAGGAGAUCCAGUGAUUAUCAAAUCGGACGGUUUUCCGACCUACCAUUUCGCCAAUGUAGUUGAUGAUCAUUAUAUGAAGAUAACACACGUUUUACGCGGUGUCGAAUGGCAAAUAUCGACUCCCAAACAUAUCCAAAUGUUCCAGGCUUUCGGAUGGAGACCACCACAAUAUGCUCAUUUACCGUUGGUGAUGAAUUCUAACGGAUCUAAGCUAAGUAAACGUCAAGGAGAUGUACAGCUAGAUCACUACAGAAACAUUGGAAUAUUCCCUCAAGCUUUGUUGAAUUUUAUUACACAAAGUGGAGGCGGAUUCGAUCGAGAUUUAAUAAAUAUUGACGGCCCGCAGUUAAAGGAUCUCGUUGAAAAUUUCGAUAUUAAAAAAAUCAAUGCACACUCUAGUCGGCUCAACCCAGAUUUGCUUUGGCAGUGCAAUCGGGAGGAAAUAGCCUACCAACUGCAGCACUCGCCGGAACAAGCGGAUGCCCUGGUGAAGCAAGUGAUCGGGAUGCUACGAAGCGAGCACAAAGACCACCUCAAAAACUUAGAUUUAGAUGAAAAGCAUGUUCGAGAAGUGUUGCAAUGGGCCAUCACAAGGAUCGGUUCUCUGCAGGAUUUAGUCAAGGGAAAACUUUCCUUUUUGUGGGUGCUACCUCAGCGAACAAAAGACACAACAAUAGAUGGCGAUGUUCUCGAAGUGCUGGCCAAAAACUUUGCAAGCGAAACGGAAAUUCCGUUUACCAAAGCCGAUAUCAGCAACUUUCUUAAGGCAUUUGCCGAACGUAAUAGCAUUGCGUUCGAUCAGUUCAUGAAAUCCCUGCGUGGAAGUCUUAGCGGACUGCGGGAUGGUCCCGGUGUGGCUGAGAUGAUGGAAAUUCUCGGACGCGACAAAACCAUAGAACGAAUUCGUUUGGCUGCGAAAAGAAGAUAGGCUUCCUUUGUUCAGGGUUGGAAAUGGAACCUUUAUUAUCAGAUUGAACGUGUUUGGAUAAAUAUUGCAUUUUAUCGAUUAGCAUACUAGGAGACUACUUGUAUGAUUAGUUGUAAUAGAGGUAAAUUCAAUCUGUUCCUACGACAGGUUUUUGUAUUCGAUCGAUUUUGCUCUUGUUGAGAAAGUUACCUUAUUGAUAACAAACAGUUAAAUGGGUUGAUUAAUCGCUAAUAAAACCUUAC